AUGCCUUGCACCUCAAUGCUAGCUAUGUUUUAUUUGGAGACAGAAGCAGCCCUCAUACGAAGGGGACAUCGCACCUUCUUCCCCAUAAUCAUUCACUUGGGGAGAAUCAGCGUCAGGCACACUAAUCAGCCCCCAAUCCUAGCCAAGUUCCCCCGGCACAAACAAGUGGUGGUCUUCCGUCGCAGAAUAGUGACGCCUGCCUCUCCGCACUAUAACAGCGGCUUCAGGUCCGAUCCGGUUAUUCGCCAUACGGCCCUCUCUACAUUCACCGUGCUUCUCCGUUCCAGUAUGUACGUGUCCACUACCAACAGCAUGAAUCUCUUACUUUCUUUGCAUAUUCUUGCCGCCACUCAAUUUUCUGUGGCCUUGGCCCAGGAGUGCAGAAAUACGUUGAAAGCAACGUAUACCUCGCCCAUUGCUGCCGGUGGCUGGACAUAUCGCCUGAUCGCGAACGGACUCACUCGACCCAGAAGCAUACUUUUCGACAACCAGGGAGCUCUCCUGGUUGUCGAUGCUAACUCUGGAGUAAAACAUCUGAAGCUGACUGACGAUGGCGGCACUUGCUUAUCUGUGGCCGAGAAACGGACGAUUAUUGAUUCUCCAGAGUUGAACCACGGAAUAGCCCUCUCCCCGGAUGGGAAGACUCUGUAUGCCUCGACCGCCGACAAGGUAUAUUCCUGGGCAUACAAUGGCAGUGCUGCCACCGUUGGCGAUAGGAAUAGGACACUCAUAGCGAACAUGAGCAAUACCGAUCAUACCACCCGGACCGCGUCCAACAUUGACGAGGCUGCGACCCGCCAGUCGACUGGGCAUUCCCAGCUUCGCGCCUUUGAUAUCGGGAGCCUCGGUGAGAAUUCUGGGCCGCUCAACUUCCCAACUGAGGGAAGGAUGCUCGGCUGGGGAUUGCGGAACUCAGUGGGCGUGGCAGAAGAGCCCGUCACAGGCGGUGUAUGGACAGUAGAGAAUUCAGCGGACCAGUUGAGGAGGAACAAUGUUGAUAUUCACACUGACAAUCCUGCCGAAGAACUCAACUUCCACGGGCACCUCAGUGAUUCUAACAAGGAUCAGGGCGGUAAUUAUGGAUAUCCAGGUUGCUUUGCUGUUUGGUCGACCGAGGGAUUUCCCGAUAAAGGCAACAUGACGACGGGAGAUCAGUUCAGCCUCAACCCAUCACGCACCCUGAACGAUACAACUUGCAAUUCCGCCUAUGUGCCCCCGAGACUAUCUUUCCAGGCGCACACUGCUCCAUUGGAUAUAAAAUUCACGCCCGAUGGCUCAGAAGCCUUUGUAACAUUCCAUGGCAGUUGGAACCGAGACGAGGCAGUCGGCUACAAGCUAUCUAGCAUACGUUUCUCGAACGGAGAACCUACAGAGUCAGCUGAUAGCCGGACACCAAUUACUGAUAUUCUAAGUAACGCAGACACCAGCAGCUGCCCUGACCACUGCUUUCGCCCGGUAGGACUUGCUUGGGACAGUCAGCAGAGACUCUUCAUGACAUCAGAUUCGACGGGUGAAAUUUAUGUCCUUCAGCGGACCGAUGUCUCAGUCUCGACCAGUUCUCCGGCCAUCCCUGUUCCAACAUCAUCACCCGACGCUGCAGCAACUUUAGUCCCCUCCCGGCUCACCUCUUUUGGCAGCCUUGCGGUCUCAGUAUUUGUUUUCAUGGGAAAUUCAGCUUCAUAUACUCUCAGUCUGGGAAUGGCCGGGUUCAAAGAGUCAACAAAUAUUCAGUUGGUACCAAGAGUAUGCUGCUUCAUGUAA